GUCAGCGCCAGCUUCCAGGUCACGUGAUCAGUCAGCUGGUCUUCAGCACAUCCGCCUGACCCGCUACUGUUUACAAAUCAGCAGACAGUCGGACAGAGCAGAAUGAGGAUUCCUGCGUGAUCUGAACAGGUACUUAAAACACACUGAGAGCCUGCAGCGGCUGUAGAGAUAACUCUGUGCCUUUGCCAGCAUGUUAGUGUGUGUGUAGGAGUGUGUUAGGAGUUUGUCCUGUGUGUUGGAGUAGCAGAUGUGUGUCGGAAGUGAAGACAGGCCCGUACAUCGGCUCGGUUACGACAUGCUAACAGACGGGCCAAACUUCACAUUAUCCAACAUGCUGCCUGUCACAUUAAGUCAGAUUCAGUCAAAUCUGACACUUAUAGCGCGUGAUUUUACCUUUAUUCUGCUGGUUUAUCUUUCUUUUAGCUUUGUUAGCCAAACAGCAGGCUAGCUUAGCGUGUGUUUGGCGUUUUGCCCUGCCUGCAUCGAUAAUCCUGCAGACUGACUCUCAUCAUCCGUGCUGCAGCAAACACGGACACAAUGUGCCCUUUACGCUGAAUUACAUUUUCAAUGCUGGAAAUGAAAGAUGAAAUGAGAAGUGUUCAAAGUGCUCCUCUUACUGCUAAUGUAGUCAGUAGUCUUGUUUCCUCAGGCUGUCCCACCCUGCCUGCCUGUCAGACUCUGGGAUGGGUUUAAACAGUGCAGAGAUUUGCUUGCAGCUUGUUUCCCUGCACGGUUCAAUGUAAUUUCACACACCUCUCCACUCCUCUAAGAAGUAGGUCGGAUCAAAUGUGUUUGUGUGAGGAAAGUACAGCAGUGUCUGCAGGCCAGAGAGGACAGAAAGGCUCCUUAUUAGAGCUGUGUGCUGUGCCUCUAAGUGUAAAAAGGAGGGAGUGAAACUGACCUGCAUACUGUGAUCACAGACAAAAGCUGGCCUUUGUCAGCACUGACAAGUGAAAAGAGAGGAAACAGGGCAGUAUAUGUGAUAUGGGAACUAUAUGUAAACUGCUGUUCCUGAAGAGUAUUAAGAGUUGUCAGAUGUUUGAAGGUUUCUCUUUAGUUUUUCUUGCAUUGUAUAUCUCUGUUUAGUUCAUCUGUUGCAGUUUUUUUAAGGUUUACAGCUCACUUUUCCUGUAAAAUUUAAACAGAUUGUUAUUGUGAUCCCUAAGAAGUGGUUGCAUAACUGGAAAAAGUGUUAUGCAGUUUGUAAAUCCCUGAAAAUCAUCUUGUUAUUCAUAGUGGGGGAAAAAAAGCAAAGAUUAGGGCAGAGUCUGAAAGUACAGAAGCCUAGAGAGGACAUGUUUCCGUAUGUUUUCCUCACUUUGUUUUCUAGUGGGAAUAUGGUAGCUGCAGUUGUCUUCUUAGCAUGUCAACCUAUUUUUAUGGUUAUUUUAGAGAACAAUAAGUCUUAUUGACUCAUGAAAAGAGGGAAAUUUCGUUGUAUUCUAGAAAGCUAAACAUUGAGCUGGUCACUGCGAUAAGUAAAACAACAUAAAACAUUGUUGUCUUUUUCAAUGAGGUAAGUUACAUCAAUUUCUAAGUUUGCUUUGUGCCUUUGCAACUCACAGCUUGCAAGUUAUGAUAUUCUAAGUUAGGUUGGGACCUCAAGAAAACAACUCAAAUGAGCUUGUAAUUAUAUUUAACCAGGGUCUGUAAAAUGUAUUGAUUAAAAUAUUUAUUUGGCUUGCCGGAUGAACCAACUUGAAGAAGGGACGACCCACAUGAAUGGUGGCUAUCAUUAAAAUUGUGUUAAAAGGAAGCUGCAAAGCAAAACAAGGAACAUCUUUAGACACCAAGAGGCUAAAAUGUGAGAUGAGAAUAAUGUGAAGAGUGUAAAAUCAACCUGUUAUUUAACUUUGCAGUGGUUAGCCAUGGUAGCUGUCUGUGUUUAUUUACAGGCUCUGGAGUGCAAUUAAGUUCAGUGCAUUAGACGCCAUGCUAUUUUCGUUGCAUGGUUGGGUAUUUUUGUUAUAGCUGUCAUGCUUUUGUGUCUCACAUGCAGGUGCAUGUUAGUGUAGCCAAGCCUACGUUAACAUUAGUGCAGACUAGGCUACUUGUUUUCUGAAGUCUUGAAAUAUUACUGAAAUAAAGGUUUGCAUUGUAAGAAUGGUAUAAACCAGCAAAGAAAAGGCUAACAAUAUGGAGCAACAGUGCUACAAACUAUCAGGCAGCCACAGCCGGAGGGAGGAGAGCAGGGAGAGGAAGGAGAAGAUUCAGGUGUGUGUCUGAAAAGCCAAGGCACAGAAUGAGCAUGAUGAGAGAUCGGGAGGCUGUGGGAUCAUGAGCCAAAGACUGAUGGGCAAAAAAAGUGAGAGACAUAAUUUUGAAUCAUAUUAAAAUACAGGCUCAAGUUUUAACCCUCUUAAUGACAUUGAAUGAAAGUUUGAAAAGACUGAUUAAUUUGAUUAAUCUGCCGCAUCUGAGAAAAAAAAAACUUUUUUUUAAUGAAAAAGUGUAAAAAUAUUUAACUAAAAGUGAAGACUGACAUUUAGUUGAAUGGGUGAUAUCACCAAAUGAAGCCAAAGCUCUCGAAGUAAAGUGGAGAAUUAAUGCACGGCCCCUCUCAGUUAUAGCACAUAUGACUCUUUUGGAGCAGACAUAUUCUUCUUUCCUAUCCAGGCAUGUGAAUCCAGAUGGAGGCCUUGACCGUCAGCCUAUUGGGAUCCAUUUCUCCACUCUGUGUAUAUCUGUCAGAUUAACUUCUCGAUGUGUAUUUGCCAGCUGAAUAAGUCAAGACCCAGCAAGUAACAGUAUUUCUCUCUAGGCCUGAGAUCCCCGCCGUGUUCUCAGCCUCUAACAGAGCAUGUGACUAAGAAGGCUCCCAGGCUCUCACUGCGAGCUGAAGUAGAGGCAUGUGAGUUUGUUUAGCUGGAGAGUUUCGCUUUAACUAGACCACAGUCUGCCGCUCUGACUGUAGCUGCCAGUGACGGCUGCUCUCAUCACGGUUUGUAGAAUCCUGUUUGAAUAUUCAUCCAUCCUAAAAAGCUCAUGUUGCACCGAUUAUUUUCCUCAAUCUGUUUCCCACCGGACAACUGUCAGUGAGAUAAAGUGAGGAUUGGAGGAUUCUUUGUGCAACAUUAUUCAUACAAUCUUAAGACCAGUGUGGUAUGUGAAGCAUUUUCAAAGCUGAAAACAAACUGCACCUUGUUGAUUUCAGAGGGGGUUCAAUUGUAAUUCUGUCCGAUGUAACUAAAUGGAAAUCCUGCAGCCAACUUAAGCAGAACGUUUAAUACACUUUAAUCUGGGUUUAGUUCCAGAAUAGUUUAGUCUUUGUGCCUUUUUGUAGGUCAAAGCUGUUCUUUGUGUGUGUUUUCCCCCAUUUCAGGGCAUGUACAGGAAGAAAAAAUGCAGGAAGAGGAACCAGCCUCUGUUUUGAUGAAGAGAUGAAGUGAAUGUGAACAUUGCUGCCGGUGUUAUGGUCAAAGUCUAGCUAUCUCCUUUGCUGUGCGGCUGAUCUGCUGCUCUGAAAUGUUCUCAUGACCCUGAGGAAUGUGAUGCUGCAGGGAUUUGAUCAAGCGGGAGCUGGUGGUGGUGGUGGUGGUGGUGGGGUUACAGGCUCAAAUCAGGUGUUGGUUGCGAUGCGUGUCAAAUUAAAUGCAUGAAAAAAGAGAGUGAAGUAGUUACGGGUCAGUCUGAGGUUGUCUGACUUGAAUUUACAACACAAGAAGAAGAGAAAAUCCUGAAGAGCACAUUCACUAGCUUCAGUUUAGUUUUGCCUUGCAUGUUGUUGUUGUAAAUCCUGGAGCAGAUCUUCUACCUCCGAACAGAUGGACUCCUUGUUAUUUGUCUGUUGAUUUAUUUAUGCAUUUCAUUAUGUAUUGAUUUGGAUAUUUCAUGAAACAUUUGAAUUAUUGAGGCGUCUCCAGGUGCUGUGGGUUAAAUUAUGCAGGAGCUAAUUUGCCUUGAUUAUUAAGUAGUAAAGUUCGGAUUUGUUAUUUAUUUACUUUGGGUAGAAGUAAUGAAGGCUAUCAGACGGGUAGCUUCAGGCGAACGCAGCGAGGCCUGGAGUCUUUUACCUACAUCAUCUUUCAACAUGCAGACAUCUCAUCUGAAAGCACGAGUCCCAGCGAGAGAUCUGUGAAGGCAUCUGCAAACUUUAGAGCAACUUUUAUUUCUGGAAAGAAGGGACAAAGUGUGGUUGCGUUUGCGAGCCUGUAGGGAAAUGCCUUCCUCAAAAUACAUCCUGACACUUUGUGCAAUGCAGAUUUGAAUUGUUAUUCUGAGGACUGUUUGUUGUCGCCUGGCAAAGUUGUGUAAAUCUUUCAAGUCAAUCUUUUCAAAGUGAAACUAAAAAAUAAAACGGCUAUUGUUGGAGAUGCUUAUUCGCAAUAUCAUUCCCUAUAGUUGUGGAUUAGUUGCGAUUAUUCAGUGGGAUAAUAUCCUUUUUAUGAGGGAAGGGGGGAGGAAACCCUCAGACUUAAGGAGAGCAUUAGUCUUUGAGGAGAACAGAUGUUUCCGGAGAAAACAGCCACAUACAUUAUGCAUAUAAAAUAAUUUCUGUUUUGAAGCUGCGUGGAGCUGAUUUAUCGAGCGGUGUUCCACUCACACGGUUAAUAGGUUUAUAAGAUGCCUUUUGUGUUGUGAUAUUUCCACAAUUAAUAAGGAGUAUGAGAACAUGACGCUCUGUGGAAGUGAGCUAUUCUGUUCUGUGGGCCUGUGUAUCAAGCUGAACAUAUUCAUAAAUGUGGAAUAAUCCAGAGCUGGACGAAAAACUGAAGAAUUGGUUAACCUAGAUUAUGACGUCUCUCAGAGAAAGUUAAACUCCUCUGAAACUGUGAUUGUUGGUUUAAAAGUUACUUAAGGGUUGAAAUAUCUUUAUUUUUCUGUCGUAAUUCUUUCUUAUGUUGUGUUGUGUUUAUUUCAAACAAUGGCAAAUAAUUAAGCCCUGAAAAUCGUAACAAAUCGCCGAUUUUUUUAUCUUUAAUAUUAAAUACCUUUAUCUUAGGGCUGGGCGAUAUGGCCUCAAAUCAAAAUCACGAUAUAUUGAGCAGUUCACCUCGAUAACGAUUAACGGACGAUAACUACCCCACAAGCUGCUCACCCCCUCCCACAUGAACUUCAUCUACUUCAGCAGCCGCUACAACUUUUGAACCUAGAGUCACGUUUCUGACGUAGGACAGCGUCUUAGAGGGACAUGAGACCAUAGCCUACCUACACACAUCCAAAACCAACUUUUAGUUAUUUAUUUUUUUGACACCAAAUAUACCGAUAUGGGCAAAAUGACGUCUGUUAUUGUCGUAAAUUUCGGUAUCAGUAAAUUUUCGGUUUAUCGCCCAGCCCUACUAUAUCUUGUAUUUUAAAAGCAGCUUUUAAGUUUUAUAGAGAACACAGCAUUUAUUUCUAUUUUAAGUAAGUCUGUGCAUUAUCCAGUCAUUGUCAAUGUGCUGUGCAGUUAUUCUGAGAUACUUUUAAUACUUUAAUCAUUCCUGGAUAAUGUAGCAGUAGAUUUGCACUUUUCAGGAGUUCCACUUCGGUCGCUUUUCAUGUUAUGCAGGUUCUAUAUCAUGAGUGUAUUACUCCCAAUGAUGAUAGGGCCUGACAGGUCACAAUAUAUGGAUCCAAGGGCCUUAGACCUGAAUCGACAGUGUUGACUUGCCUGCAGUCAGUUUUCGCCCUUUUUUCCGUUUUCGCCCUUUUUUGAUAAAACUUGAUCCACAGGUCUUCAAAAUAGGUCCCUGCCAGCUUUCGUAAUGCGGUUACCACUGACAUUAGCCUGAUAAGCUUCACAUGUAUGCUGAGCUUAUUUAAGGUAGCUCAAACUUAUAGAGCUUCAGAGAUACUUAAAGUCUCACCCAAAGUGCAUAUUGCUUUUGACUCAUUGACUGAACCUCCUGUUUAUUUUUAUUUAUUUAUUAUUAUUAUUUUUUUAAGAGAAAUAUGCCAUUCAAAAGCACAGUGGUUUCACUAUUUUCCAUCACAGCCACAGCAGGAAUCAGGAAGAUGCUCUGGUGGCUAAAUUAUGGUGUGCUGAAAGGGACCAAAUUGCACUCAAUAAAAAAAAAAUAAUAACAAUAAGGCAAUAAUUAUGGACCUUCAUUGUAUUGCAAUUAAAGCAUCUAAGCUGGAAUCCCCUCUCUUAAUAUUAGUGCUCAUCACAACAAAGACCUAAAGCCCAUGAAUGAACAUUGUUAUCAUCACUAACAGUCACUGAUUGCUUCACUUUCAGAUGAGCGAUCUCUCAUUGCUCAUGGUGACAUACUUGAAAUGCUUCCUCUACCCAGGAAAUAGCUGAGCACAGAGCUAUUGUCCAUUUAAGGUAAAAGUGUAAAGGCUAACAGCUAAGUAACUUUAACUUUCAGCAAAGUAAACAGAUCUAUAGCUUUCUUGUUGCUCUUAGCUCACCUCUAAAAGGUUUCUCUGGUUUAUUGACACUCUGACCGGUUCAAGCCUCCUGCACUGGACCGAGGUCUGAUCGUUUGGUUGAAAGUCAAUAGUUAGUGUGUCUUUUAUCAGUGUCUUAAGGAUUUUAGACUACUCGCUCUUAUAAACUGCUUAAUGAGUAACUGUUUGUCUACUUAAGUGUAAUACUGGAGCUUCAGUUUCACUUUACCCAUUAGCUCUGCUGCAUUGCGUCAAACUCAGAUAUGAAUAACACAACCAUUAUCACUAUAAACUGUGACUACUUUAAUUUUUUGGGUGUUUUUUUUAAUCAUUUCUUGUUUAAUUGACAAACCAUUAGCCCGUAAACUGUGAGAAAAUUAGUAGAAGUGCAUGUUUUAAUUGUUAACCGAGUUGUUUUGUCUGCCUAGUGUCUAAAACUGAAAAAACACUUCCCUCUUCAUUAUUGAGGACAAAGCAGAGCAUCAGAUCCAUUGACAUCUGUGAUCGUUUUCUGUAUUUUUUGUUCCUUUUAUACCUGUAGAACACUCAUUCAUCUGUUUCUUAUUUGAUGACCUGAUUGGAAUCACUGCUUACCACUUUGUUUUUGCACCAUAUUUAGACACACCACAUAACAGGCUGUUUUGCCUGCAGUGACUUGAUCAGCUGAUUGGGUUUAUGACGUAAGAGUCAAUUUAAAAAAAGUCUGAAAAUACAACAUUAAUGAUUGAUUUUAUAACUGCAAAAAAUUAACAGCAAAAAAGGACCCAGUAUGGCUCCUUGUGGCGCACCAUUUUUGUGUUUAUAAAAAAGUGAAGAUAAACCGCUAUGGUAGCUUUUAAAAUGUGUCCUGGUUGAUGAUUUGUCAGUUUUUGUGUACACCAAAAAUGGUUUUCCACAAGGAGGCAUACAGAGUCCUUUUUAUAUCAUAAAAUAUAUAACUAUUAUAUUAUUUAUAAUGUAAAUUUUGACUGAAAGUGACAUACCAUAGUGGCAUAGUGAUAUAUCAGAGAGAGCGUGCUGUGGGGAUUUACUUAAAUCACUUUUUUUGGAUACUACAAAAGCUCAAUCCAGUGGUGGGUCUAUACAAUGCAAAAACAACCUUUUAUUACCUACAGUAUAUUACUUGUUGUGUUUUUUGUUAAUAACACAGUUUUAACAUUGAAUGUAUUUAGUUAGUUAUAAGUUAAAUGUGGAAUCCAAAUCUGACCGCCCAAAUGAGGGCUUUACUCUCUCUCUGCAUGCAGUACACGACUUCGCCACCGAGACAACAUGGUGCAAAUAUUGCCGUCUGAAUGACCUAAGUGUGGUAUUUAGUGAAUCAGAUUAUAAAUAAAUUUUCUUAAGAUACAAAGUUUGGAGUUUACUCUCUGUUGUAAUAAAGCUUCACUCUUCUCAAAGACGUCCUCACAUGGUAAAAAUCCAGGGAAUAUUGUGACAUCAGGUUUUUUAGUUUCUGCUGCUAGUUUUUCUUCGUUUUAUUAUCACAUCUAUAUAUUCCUUUUUUCAUUUUGGCUCUUUCAGAACUGUAUUCUUUAUUUCCCCGAGCACUGAAUCUGUUUACCUUCAUUAUUAUUAUUAUUUCUAACUCCUCUUCUUCUUCCUCUUCUUCUUUUUCUUCUUCUUCUUCCUCCAGAACCAGCUUUCCUUUUGAGUUGUGGCUGAGGAGAAUCACAAGACUGUGACAGUAAGUCCUGACAUUAAACAGUGCAUGCCAGCUAAAUAGUAGCAGAGGAACUUGUAGAUAGAUUUAACAUGCAGCCCUUCACAGAAAGGUCAGGGUCAGCAAGUGUCUAAAACAUGUGCUCUUCGCCAGAGAAGAUUCAUGUCAGCACAAACUCUGAUCAAAGGUCAGUCUCCCUAUCUGUCAGUCAGGAGGAGAACUCUUUACUUUAUCAGGCAGAGAUUUUGGAGUGUUUUCCGAGUUCAAAAGUCGUGCACAACAUGAGACAAGCUACCUAAAAUUUGAUUUGUGGGAGUGAUGGCUAACAGCAACUUGUCUGUAAGCACUAACAGGUGAUUAAAUCUUUGCUUUUUAUGGCCCCAUGUCUGACCUUCUUUUGUCUCCUGUUACUUUUCCCUCAGAUCCAGUUGGGUUGCGGUCAUGCAGCACCCAAAUUUUGAGACCCGUCACCCUCUCCAGACAGACGAGCAGCAGGAGACGGGUCUGGAUCCGCUCAAUAACUUCAACAAGAACCGCAACAGUAUGUCAGCUCUCACUCAAGUAUUUCAACUGUGGUUAAGACUUUUAGUGUAGUGACAGAUUUCUCCUUAAACAGGUUUAAAACCACUCGAAUGAGACAAGCCUUAAUGAUGUCCUGACAAGUGUCCACUUUCAUUUAUAAAAUGAUCCCAAUACUCACAGGUCUGCGGUUGUUCCGUUUAUUUGACAGUUGCGGAUUCCAUCAAGCUCAGCGUUCAAAAACGAAACAAAAUUUUAAAAAAGGUUCAAUUCAGCUCACAUUUCACGCUCAAAAAACAUUUUGCGUACUGCUGGUCUCAACCUGGACCAAACAAAAGGACUAAUCUGCACACCUGUGCUAGCUGACCUAAAAGAUUGCGACUCCAUCAACAUAAACAACCCAUUUAAUUGCUUUCAAAUCACGUAUUUACAUAAACGUGGUCCUCACAAUUAAUCAUCUAAACUGAUACUUAUUUGUUUACUUGAAUAUAAAAUCCUCAUAUAAACUAAAAAAUGGCUUCUACAGUCUUGCACCUACAUUUAUGACUGUUCUGGGUUAGAACUAACGCUGUACUAGGCUUACAGGUUUGUCAGUUAAAUUUGGGGGAUUUUCAGCUCAGCCCAACACCAAACCUGUGUGUCAGCCUGCAUGAGUGUCACCUGAUGUCUACCUGACAUCAAAAUAAACAGACUUGGCAGGAUAUGAUUAUACUAAUGAUCAUAAUUCAUCGCCCUUAGAUGUGGCUCCCUCGUUGUUCUCUUGGUGUACAGAUGGCCUGCUAAAUCUAGAGUAGAAGUUCCACCUGAAGCAAACCAGAAAAACAAGAUGAGGAGGGAGACAGGAGGGGAUCAUCACAAACAGGCUCCCAUGAUGCCUGCUCAUGCAGUAUGAGUUGGAAUACCAUGAUUUUUUUUUUCCUGAAGGUUAUCGUGUGAUCAGAAUCUCGAACCAUCCUCUGCUCACUCAGCAGACUGAUAGAUGCUCAAAGAUUCUCUCUGCUCCUGUGAGGAGAGUCACAGCACCUUGAAGAUGUAGAUCUCAACAGAUAAUACAGGAUAAAUUUGGAUCUCACUGCAAAAGGGUGACUCACAGACGUGUCUGGCGACGCCCCCGGGCUGAGGGUGUUUUUUCGUGUUUACGUGAGAGGAAAUGUUGCGGGGGGCUGGCGUGUUGUGGAGCUGAUGAAUAUUCAUGCUGAGUGUCCCUGUGGAAUGAUCCACUUUUGUUACUAAUGUUGAUAGACAGCUCUCUAAGUUGAGUGCAUGUUCAGCUGCAGGCCAAUUUACACUUAUUACCUUUAAUAACAACAAAGAGGAGUAUGACUACUCUCUCCUGUGUCGUCACUUUUCUGCUUCUGGCCCUUUUUGCUCGACUGAACGGGUCUUUUGGAAGUCAAGUUUCUUAUUUAACUUUGAAUUUGAUCAAUGUUUAGUUUCUGUCUGUUUACAUCGCCCCCUGGUGGCUGUGUUUGUCCCCUAACAGGAGGGUCUCUUGACAGCAGCACUUACUCACAGCCUCAGUCAACCUUCCUCUCAUACAGGUGAGCGUUUCAAGCACUUUCUCAUGCAUGGGCAUAUUUGUGUGUAUGUGUGCGUGAACCCAAACUCUUGAUCCAGCUUUGUGCUCCAGCCUACUGGUGCACCGCUGGAUGACACAUUAGAUGGAGCACUGUGCCCAAUUUGGGUUGAGAAGCUCAUAAAUCUUCUCGUCCUCUGCUCAGGAAAGAAUGGGACGACUUGUUCCUCAACAGUAAUUACCUGGCCCGGAUCCGGCAGGCGGGCAUCAGUGGUCGGUUGAGGAGCAGCCGAUUUCGGAGCGUAUGCUGGAAGGUAAGUGCCAAAUGGAUCGAGCACGUCUAUCCAAUUUGAUUAAAAUGGCUUUGGCAAUCUCCCUGCUGCAGAAAAGAUGCAGCUUUGGCAGCUGCUGGAGCUUCUUUUGUGGAGUUUGAGAGUGGGAAUUUUCUGCAGGUUUAUGACUUCUGUGGAAGGGGAUUCUUCCUGAUGUAGCAUCACAUUGACCUCACUUUACUGUCUGUGUGUCUGCAGCUGUAUCUGGAGGCUCUUCCAGAGGAUAAGGGUCAGUGGAUCAAUAAGACCAAGGAGCUGCGAGCCCAGUAUGAAAAGAUCAAAGAGACGGUGAGAGCACCGCUCUGUGGCAUUUUCCACAAGCAUGAUGGGACGCUGUUAAACUGCACAGAUGCUUUAGCAUUUUUAUGGGGAGCAUAAUGAACUAUCGCUUUUUUUUGCAUAAAUGGUGGUCCAAAUCUAUCAGUUUUUCCAUUUAAUUUUAAACAUGAUCAUUAUUUAACCUGAAACAUUGAAUUGUGGUUGACUAACUUUACAUUGUACGAUGACACUGCACUGUUGCACACUUUGUACAGUAUUCUAUUUUAUUCUAUUUUUUAUUUUGUACUAUUUUAUUUCAUAUUUUAUUCUAUUUUUUAUUACUCCACUUAGGAAAACACCACUCUGAGCUGUUUUUAAUUUCGUUGUAUGCCUCAUACAAUGACAAUAAAAAGCCUGAGUCUGAGUCUAAAACCCUGAAAUUUUCGACCAAAAAUUGACUAAUUGGGGGGGGUGAGUCUGACGGCAAACCCUUCUGCGGUGGGGGAGGACAGUGACGGUGGAGCGCGGCUCGGCGGGGUGAAAGUAUACUGAUAUCAGCACAACGAGACAAAUAAAAACAAAUAUUACAAAUAUUAUAGUCAGCAAACCACAAAACGUUGAUUGAUGUGGACGCUUUUCAAUCUCCCUGUCUCCAGCCAGUCUCCAGUGGGUUGGGCGAAGCCAAAAUGGUGGGGUGCUCUGAAAACACCCCCAUUAGCACUUGGUACAUUCCUCCUGAUGAAAUUAUCCAUAGACUGUGAAUUGACAGUAAAAAAUAAAGUCAAGCAAUCAGAAUUUUGGUCGACUCAACACGUAUCUACCAAUAAGUCUACCAGUUGACUAGGACUUUACAGCCCGACAGUUUAGUAACUUCAACAUAACUAAUUAUUUGAAAUAAGCUUCUUAAGGGCUCCUUGUUGUGUAAUACAAAGUAACAUUUUGGCCACAGGGUUAACAGGCAGAGAUGAAAUGUGCCAGACUCCUCUUUGAUUGGUUUCAUUCUACAUGUGAGAUUAGGUCAUUGAAUCUUUGCUGUGGGAUAUAAACCAAUUCGUAUCUACACAGUUAGGGGGCUGGUGAGUGAGUAAGUGAACAAAUAUACAAAUUUCACUUUUCACAAAAGUUUCACAUGAAAGUAAAUUUAAAAGAAGACACUUAAGCUCUAACACUUUAUUGUGGCUCACUCGUUGUUUAACUAAAAGAAAGGCUAUUUAACCGUAUGAAUAUAUACAAGUGUAAACCCUAAACAUAAAAACAUUGUUAGAUAAACCCUAAAUAAAUGACCUCUCUCACUGCAAACACAGCCAAACAGAGCAGGAGUCCAUUCUCUCAAACAUUACUUCAUUAUAAGGAGAUUAUCAUUUUAUCAGCAGGAUAACCAGCUCGUUCAUUAAAGUAGACAAACAGAUUUUUGUUAAGAAGUUUAGGCAAAGAGGAUUUAAGAGAGUCACACUGGAUAAAAGAAUUUUAAUAGAGACUUAUGGUUUUUAGACAGAAAAACCUCAAUUCUCACACAUUUUUGAUUCAAUAUAGAUUGUAAAUACAUUCAUAGUCCUAGUCCUAGAUCUUUAUGCUUUUGUUUUCCAAAUCUGGCCCACCUCACAGGAAACUUGAGGCUCUUUGUUGCCAUGUACUUCUAGAGGUGCAGCCUUUUUAAGAAUCAUACUAACGGCUGUUAUUAACUUGCAUUUGGUGUUUUUUGUGUAUGUUUGUGUUUGUGUCACAGCACAUCACCAAUCCUCGCAAGGCCGCAGGCCAGCAGGACCUGGUGGUCAACAACCCACUAUCCCAGGAUGAGGGGGUGAGUGAGAGUCCUUCAUUUGAAACAUAAUUAUAAAGUAUAAUGUGAGCAGCAACUAAUCCACAGACUGUUGUUCCAAAACUUUCAGACUUUUUUAUUAAAGGGAUAUUCCGGCGUUAAUUUAAGUUUUGGUCAAAUACACUGUAACACAGAGUUAGACACCCCCUCUAGAGAUGCAUGUUGCAGACUGCUUGCUUCUUUAGUUAUACCAACUUGAGUAACAGCCGCACGAUAGCAAUACACAGUGGUCUACGUCUUCAUGCGCACACCUCAACCAACAAGCCGCUCUAUAGCCACAAAUAAUGCUCAGAACAGCACCUAACUUCAUCAACAGUACCUAUAGGGUCCCAGCCAUAGCACUAGCCAUCAAACAUCUUUUUAGCUUUGCCUGAUUUCAAUCAAUCAAUGCAAUCAUACCGAUUGCAGUGUUGGUUUAACUAAAGAAGCAAGCAUUCAGCAACAUUCAUCUCUCGAGGAGGUGUCUAACUCUGUGUUACGGUGUGUUUGACCAUAACUUAAAAUUAAACUGGAAUUUCCCUUUAGCGGAUCUUUUGAACAAAUGAUAAAGAAUGGACUCAUUUUGAGUGAGUUAUUCAACAGAUUUAAUUGGAGUAGAACUUUCUGCACCACCUCCCAAUAAAGAUGUACCAGAUAUUCUGAUUGGAUGAUUACCAGCCACAUGAGUUGUAGUUGCAGGUCAACAUCAUCUUUCGCUUUUACAGUCCACACAGUUGACUCUGUGUUCUGUAACAUCUCCUGGGGAGAACUUUGUAAUCUGGUACUUACUGUACUGUUCAGAAAAUAGAGACAUCAGCCAUUAAAAAAUCCUCUGAGGAAGGAACAACUGAAUAAAUUCAAUCUGAGAAAAGAGACAUCCAAGAUGUAAAGAAAUACAGAUAAAUGGAGUAAAGAUGACACAAAUAUUGUGGACUGUUUGUUUUUAUUGUAGCGUCUGAGUAAUGUUUGUUUGCUUUAUUCUGUCCAGAGCCUGUGGAACAAGUUCUUCCAAGAUAAAGAGCUGAAGGGGAUGAUCAAACAGGACGUGUUAAGAACGUUAGUAUUGUUGUUGCCAUCCUGUCUGUUUGUUUGCCUUUCAAACCAAAAGUUACCCAAGUCUUUAUUUUCUCUUCCUCUUUUUUAGGUUUCCUGAGAUUCGUUACUUCCAAGACGAGGAUGUGAGGACCAAGCUGACAGACAUCCUCUUCUGUUAUGCCAGAGAAAACGAACAGUUACUGUAUAAACAGGUACGGCUGACCCUCAGUCUGAACCUGUUCCCUGAGCUUAAAUGUCAAACAUCUUAAAGAUCCUCUGAAAUGAGACCUUUGAAGUCUCCCAUUUGGUUUUUCCUGCUGAGCCUUUGUGUCAGUGCGGGGGUCCCUCCGUGUGUCCAGACAAAAGAACAAGAUGCCUUAGUAACCUAAUCAUUAUCAGAGUCUGUAACAGGUGCCAGGGAAUAAAUAGACGGCCAGUGCAGCGCCUUUUUUUGCAAAGUGGAAGUGACACACGGCCGGGCAGUUGCUAACAAUAUCUAAAUUAAAGCCGUCAUCACCGAUUAGAAACCUCGUGGAUCACUAUUAAAGAAGGACUGACCACAAAUGAACCAUAAUUUCUCUCUCCCCCCUGCCCUCACGUGUCUUGCGCUCCCCUCUUACCUUUCCUCGUCUCUGUCUGCAGGGGAUGCACGAGCUGCUGGCCCCCAUAGUGUUUGUGCUGCACUGUGACCAUCAAGCCUUCCAGCACGCCAGCGAGACGGCAAGCCCCAGGUCAGCAGUGAGACCCUUUAGUGGCCCCUUAAGCUGCUAUAAAACCUUAAAACCCUCCUGUGCUUCAGGGGCCAGAAUGUUUCCACAUUUGCAAGUGAGGAGAUCAAUGUUUCCGUCUUUUUCUUUUUCCACAGUGAAGAGAUGAAUUGUUUGUUAAACCCAGUGUACCUCGAGCAUGAUGCCUAGUGAGUACAGCCCUUAAACAAGUAUUUAAAGGUUUCAUUCCUUUUCAAAGCAACUGGAAUUGGUUUCAAAGUCUGUCUUUUCUCACAGUAUGUCCCCUUUUUCUCAUCUCUCUCUAUCAUCAACUCACCCGCCCACUCGUUUGCACACCUCUGUCUAAAGUGCCAUGUUCUCGCAGCUGAUGGAGACAGCAGAGCCGUGGUUCUCCAGCUAUGAGAGGGAAGUGAGGAAGGUCAGUUUGAUGUGAAGAGCUCUCUUCGACGUUGUAAAAACAGUCAUUUACUGUGCCUGUCAGCUGUAAUAUCUGCUCAGGAGUUAUGACAUUGUGCACGGUCUGUUUUCAUAAGGCUAUUAACAUCUUUGAGUUACAACCCGGCAGAGUUGAGUCCUGCUUGUAUGCCGGUGUUUACCAGAGCAAUGACGAACACUCCUUUAAGUAGCUUCUGUGUCAGGAAAUCAAUAUUGUGUAGCCAGUCAAAAACAUGUUUUAUUUUGGCGAGGGAGUUUUCUUUAUCAUUCUGCACAUAAUAUACCAGAGCACACUGAAAAGUUGUUUAAAGUUGUUUGUGUAGAAAUCCAUCCAACAGCUGACAACAGCUCCAUCACAUUAAUAUUUAAAAGUGAUCCACUGUCACUAAAAUAUGACCGCUGAGUUGAGAAAUGCAUCUUUGAUUCAUGAUCGCUGAUUAUUGUUUACCCCUUCACAAUAAGAGCUCAUCUCUGUUUGACCUCCUUAAUGCUGUUAGGUGUAAAUGAUCUGUACUUCAAUACAGAUCUAGGUUCAUGUAAACUCUACUAAAACCUCAACACAGAUCUAUAUUGAAGUACAAAUCAUGUAAACCUAACAGUAUCAAGGAGGCCAAACAAAGAUGAGCUCUUAUUGUGAAGGGGUGAACAUUAAACAGCUCCAUUACAUCAAUAUUUUAGACUGAUCCACUGUCACUAAAAUAUGAUCGCUGAGUUGUUUUUGUAAAUGCAUCUUUGAUUCAUGAUCGCUGUUUGUUUGUAGUUUACCCUUUCACAAUAAGAGCUCAUCUCUGUUUGUCCUCCUUCAUGCUGUUAGGUUUACAUGAUCUGUACUUCAAUACAGAUCUAGAGUUGACAUGAACAUUAAUUUCCUGUCUAUCCUCCUCACUAUGCAUCCAGUCUGAGUUGGCGAGCCGUUUUUUUUUCCCUCUUAUUCGGGGUCAAGGCGCAGUGGCAGCAGGCCAAGCAAGUCGACCCAGACAUCCCUCUCUCCAGGAACAUUUUUCAGCCAACCCCCCCGAGGGAUUCCAGGGUAUUCCCAGGACAUAUGGGAGAUAUAAUCCCAUCAGUGAGCUCAGGGUCUACUGUGCUCAGAAAACCUCAAGAGAGACAUCCUAAUCAGAGGCUCAAACCAGCUAACCCGGCUUCUUCUGGUUUAAUUCAGUGAAAAAAGUAAAGGUGUCAGGAUGAAGCUAGGCCUCUACUUGACUAAUGUAUCCUGUUGCUCUGCCAGAGCCAGGAGACUGCCUUUAUGGAAAGCCUUUCUGCUUAAUAUAUGGGGGCUCUAACCAAAUAUUGAUAAGUGUGCCUUCAAGAAAGUGUUAGGCCUUUAAUCAAUUUUCAAUUAGAGUCACAAAUAGGCCUACGGCUCCUUGUGUUGAUGAAAAUACAAUAAUCAAGACAGAAUCAUUAAUGUGCUACCUGCUAUGUUUUGGAGGAGGCAGGUAGGGGUGGGAAUCACCAGUGGCCCCACGAUACGAUAUUUUCACGAUACUUGGGCCACAUAUUAUUGCGAUUUUUAGCAUUUUGCAAUACAUUGAGUAUUGCGAUACAAUAUAUUGUGAUUUAUAAAUUUUUUCAACUGUUCAGCUAAUUUAGCAUUUGUCUUUCCUUUUUGUUUGUCUUAUUUGUCUUACUGUAUUUUAUUUUCAUAUAGCACAUCUUGCUAACCUUACAUAUAUAUUUGUUGUACUAACUUACUCCUGCUCGAUGAUGUCAACUCUGCCAACCUCACUGGACAAACAGUUGAUUUUAUUUUUCCAUUAUCAUAGAUUUGACUUUAUAUGAGCAAUUAAUUUGAAAGAUUCAUACUUUGUAAAUGAGAUGAUACGAUAUAUCACCAGACAAAAUAUCGCGAUACGAUACUGUAUUGAUUUUUUCUCCCACCUCUAGAGGCAGGUGUGUGUAGCUGAGUGUGUCUGAAAAGCAAAGGGAUGGAUAGGAGAGCGGCUGUAGACAUCAAGAAUGUGCAUGAGCGCUAUCGAGCAAGUGACUGACCGGCUAAAAACUCCAAUUAUAAUCAAAUGCCCAUUCUUGAUGUUAUAACAGACCUUAAUACGAAGGCUGAAUGAUUUAUACAAAUCCUUUAAGAGUGAAAUCUGGCACUUCUAAUUCAUUUAGAUUUUUUGUCCAAGAAUGCAGAGUUUGUAUGUUUGAAAGAGAUUUUUUUAAGUGGUAUGAAAGUGAAAAAAUAAAUCUGUUUUUCUAGGGUAAGGAAGAGAUGCUAACCAGCAUCCCUUUUGCCCGGCCCCAGGACUCAGGGCCUUCUGUUGCCAUAGUGACCAAAGUCAACCGCAUCCAGGACCAGCUGGUGAAAAAGCACGAUGUGGAGCUCCACAUGCACCUCAACAGACUUGAGAUUGCUCCCCAGAUCUACGGCAUGUGAGUGUUCUUCACUUCAGAUCAAUUUAUUUACUCUGAGCUGUACACUUGAAUACAAACACACUGUGUCUCUGUCUUUGCUGCAGCCGGUGGGUACGCCUGCUGUUCGGUCGCGAGUUUCCGCUCCAGGACCUGCUGGUGGUGUGGGACGCUCUGUUUGCUGACAGCAUCACUCUAGACCUGGUGGACUACAUCUUUGUGGCCAUGCUGCUCUACAUUCGAGACGCCCGUACGCUCCAUUUAUUACUGAAAUAAUCCAAUAUGUUGUCUUUGUAGCAUGUAAUUUCAUAAGGAACACUUAACUGGAAGAAUGUGAUUUACUCCACCUCAUUUAAUCAGAUGGAGUCAUACUGCUUUAAAUAGACUCCAGUAGAUCUUUGCUUCAGGAUGGAGGUUCAAGCUCUACUGUCUCAUCAUCUAAAGUCUCUUUCAAAGGAACCUAAUGAAGUUAGAUCUGGUGUUUCACAGUUUUUGAAACCUUUCUAAGAUGAGAACUUUAGGGUCAUCAGGGACUAUUCUAAAGAUUCGAAUGUGAAAAUUAAUAUUUGAAUAUUAAAUAACCAGCGGGAAAAACUGAGUGGGGAAAAAAAAGAGAAAAAACAGCGACUGCUUUGCAGGUGAGCGCACUGUAACGACUGGUCAGGGACAGGUCACAGAAGCUGCACCUGCAGUGACACUCGACAAAAUACGUCCAUGGGACAUGCAGAUAAAGAUGGUGUGAUGUUUGGAGCCAAACUUGGAGAGUGGUCUGGACUCCAAAGAACUUUAGAAGCUCCUUUUUGAAAUUCUUGUGAUUUGGGGCAGACACGGUAGACAGAAAAAAUACUGAGUGAGACAAAGUUAUAUGCAAGCUGUGUAAGCUAGAUAUUUAAAUGUUUUCGAACCUAUGUGUUAUUUUUAGAACAAAUAUUCGAACGUAAUUUUGGAGCAAUUUUGACAGCCCUAACGAACUUGAAGGUAAUCAUAAAGUCCCUCAUGGGACUGAGCUUAAAGACUUCUAAGGAUCGCAGUCAACGUAUGAUUCAUACAUCGCCUCUGAUGAAAGAUCUCCCUUUUCAAAACUAAUACUGCAUUUGUUGUUGUUGUUGUGUCUGUUUCAGUGAUUGCAAGUAACUUCCAGACCUGUCUGGGCCUGCUAAUGCACUACCCUCCAUUAGGAGACAUCAACUCUCUGCUGCAGAAGGCUCUUUUCCUCCGAGACCCCAAAGUAAGCAAGCAGCCAGACCAGAAAAUCCACAGUAAAAUUAUCCAACAUGAGGAUUUACUUUCCAACAGCUGAGUCGUAUUAAGGUCAUGUUUGUGUUCAUCUUCAGUCUCCCUGACAGUCUGUUUGGUAGUCAGCGCUGAAUUCAUCAUAAUUUAACAUGAAGAUAAAGGAGAGAUACUGAACAUGAUGUGUAUUUUUCCCAAAGCUUGAAUAUUUUGCUGAAUGAGCCUUCAUUAUUUUGGCACAAAGAGUUGACUGAUUUCCCUCAUUUUUCUGCUGAGUCAGGAGAAGAUUAGCAGAAGUAAAACCUAAGAGGGGAAAAAAAAACUGGUUGAAAAAAACUGUUGCAUAGAUCACACCAGGAAAGCUUUUUGCAGGGUUAAAAAAAAAGGUGUAAAAAGAAAAGCUUCAAGUGCUGCAAAUGUUUCUGUUCCUCACGCCUCGGUGGUUACACAUUAGUGAUUUAAAUGCACUUACUGUAAACACACGGGGCCCAGGUGCAGUCAGCGAAGCAGCUAAUUUAGUUAAUAAUAAACAGGAAGCUGCACAGAUUUAAACAGGUUUAAUAUCUAAAUAUAGAAAUAAGGUCUUUAUUUGCUGUGUGUCACUCUGAGUAAAGCUCUGAAAAUGUACAAAACACCAAAUUUAGGUCGUGUUGAACAUUUCACCCGUGCAACCAAUAAAACUAACACUGUCAGACAUGUUUACCCAUAAUGCCAGUAAAAAGUGAAGCAUGCUUUCACCAAAAAAUGAGAAGUAACACAUUUGCAAGAAACUGAAACAAAAAUUAUAGCACAGCUCACAGGGAAGUGACAGCUAAGCAGUAAAAGCAACAAGUUCAUUCAGUUCCUCCUCAGUCAUCACCAUCUAAACCUGUUUACGCACGUGUCAAAGACUUGAACGCUGGACCCAUCGGUCUGCAGUGAAGUGCAGUAAAGAAAAAUACUCAAAGCCUCUAGGGGGCGGCGUUAGCCGGUAAUGAAACAAACGGAGAUGAGUGUUAGUGCCACUUAGUGACCAUUAUUCCAGUAUUAACAAAAACCAUUCAACAACAGAAAAAGUGUAGGGUAAUACUGGGAGUGUUCCUUUAAGCUGGUUGCCACAUCAAAAAAUGAGAGACAGAUGAAGAAGCUGCUAGUGAGCUAGCUGUAGCAUCCCUUCUGAGUGAUGAAAAGGCUUCUUAAAAUCUUGUUUUAGGGUGACCAUAUUCUGAAUCCCCAAAAAGAGGACACUACUAUGUGCGGUGGAGUUGUGCACGCUCAAAAUUUUGAGGUUUUUUUUUGGUCGGGUCGAGUGUUAUUUACACGCUUCUAACUCAGUUAAAUGCAUAUUCUGACAUACCCCCACUCUCCCCCCUAAAAAAAAAAAAAAACCCAGACAUUUGAAGGAUUUUAUAAACUCCCCUUGGACAGCCCCCCAAAAGAGGACAUGUCUGGGUAAAAGAGGACAUACAGUCACCCUGAAUCUUGUGCCUCUUCCAGUUUCCUGCCUGUUCAACAUUCAUACUUUCUAUCCGUUCUGUAAUUGAUAAUCUACCAGAAGUAGAUUAUCUUUCAAAACAAAAGCACAGUUUUACAGAAACCGAAACACAAAAUGAUUUCUUGCGUUUUGCUGCUACACUCUCUUGCCUUUUUUCAUAUCGACUUUGUGUGUCAAGUUCUCCCUAAAUAUUGCUUGAAUAUUGUUCUUGACAUUUUGAUAUUUUAGAUCCACUUAAGUCAUGAGGGGAACAUCUGAUAUCAAGACAGCAGUGCUGCUGAGCAUUACCAGAGGGUAGAUGCCGGUCAAUACAACUCACUGAGAGCCUUUCUUUUCACCGCUUUGUUUCACAGUGUGAGAUUUAUUUGGAAGUUAAAAUAUUCUUUGUUUUUUUUGUUUUUUUUUUAACCUUUCCUCCUCUCACAAACACACACACUCACCUUCUUUCCUUUACUUCUGUGAGAAACUAAACCGGAUCUUAAAUCAUUCAUCACUCCUGCUGUAACCUCAGCUAACACCUUCCUGUCCCGGGAUAAACAAUCCCCUUUCCUCCAUUAAACGCAUUGACCCGCACACUCAGACACAACAACUUCAAACACUCCUGUCUGCUGCUCUCCUGAGAGGAAGGUGCUGAUCAGUCGUGACAGCGUUCCCCCCCGGUGAACGAUUAUGUCGCAUCACGUCCACAUCACAGUCGCACCUGAGGGGGGGCGUCAUCAUAAAUAACAGAGGGGGGCAGGAGAGAGACUCUCGCUCAUAUGAGCUGACUCAGAAACACUAAAACACACAGGUCUGCUUGUUUACAAAGUCAGGCCUGCACAUGUAGUGAGUUGACGGCUCUUUUGUGUGACACACACUCCAGAAACGUCUAUUAUCUCUGACUUGUAAAUUUGCUCAAACAAACAUUGUUUGUUUAUCCCUCCUACUCUUUCAGAACAAUCCACGCCCUGUCAACUACCAGUUCCAGCAAAACCUGGAUUAUUACAAAACAAGAGGAGCCGAUCUGAUGAACAAAACACGGUAAAACUUCAUAUCAUCUGCUUUGAUCUCAACAGAUUGGGCUUGAACUCCCCUGCAGGCCGUAAAGGCGGUCCUAUUUGGUGUAAAAUUUUUAGUUGUUUUAGCUUUUAUCACUUAAAACUUAUAAAGUAUGUAUAAAGAAACGUAAAAACAUUAAACUGUCUGCCUAAAUGUUCCAAACACUUCUACUCUGCUGAUCCUGCUCCUAUGAUACCUUUGCCUGGUUACUUUAGCAAAGAGACCAUACACAACUCACCCACUCUCUUCCAGCAGCCGCUUGUUUGUGAAGGAGCCCUGAUGAGUCGAUCACCAAGUGCAGCAGAGUUUUGCAGCUCAAGAACAUUUAUGAUUAUUAUUUCAUGGAAAUGUAAUCAGAGUUCUUGUGUAUCUUGCAUGUACAAUGCAGACGCAGAGUUCUUCUGCCUUUGCGUCUUGGUCUGAAUACAUUUCCAUGAUGUAAUAAUUAGAAUUUUUAUCACUGCACUCGGUGAUCGACUCGUCAGGACUCCCCCACAAACAAGCGGCUGCUGGAGGAGAGUAGGUGAGGUGUGUUUAGUCUCUUUGCUAAAGAAAUCAGGCAAAGCUAAAAAGAUGUUUGAGGGAUAAUACUAUGGCUGGGACCCUAUAUGUACUGUUGAUGUAGUUAGGUGCUGUUCUGAGCAUUAUUUGUGGCUGUAGAGUGGCGUUUUGGUUGAGGUUUGUGCAUGGAGACGUAGACCACUUUGUAUUGCUAUCGUGCAGUUGUUACUAAAGUUGUUAUAACUAGAGAAGCAAGCAGUCGACAACAUUCAUCUCUCGAGAGGGUGUCUAACCUGGUGUUACGGUGUGUUUGACCAUAACUUAAAUUUACAUCGGAAUAUUCCUUUAAAUGAGUGUGAUGAUAGAGUACUGCUGUGAUUUUGCUCAUAAGCACUGGACAGCAGGCCAGAGACAUAAAGAUUCAAGCCUUUAUUCAAUACAACAUCCCAGCCUGGAGUGUUGUGCUUAAACACGGAGACAAACUGAGGCUGUGUGUGCAGGCAUGAAUGCAAACAUGCACAGGAGCGGCUCCGUUAAGCCCAAAAGGCGUUGAAGACAGUGUUGUCCCGCUUGUCUUGAUGCUUGUUAGUGUUGUAAGCACACAUGGACUGCUGAACUAACAGGAUAACAGUGUUUACUUUGAGCGUCUACAGCUGCUGUGCACAUAGACUGUGGUAAAGGUAAUUCUCGACGCGAGUGUGAGAGGGCAGGACACGGGGUGAUAGACAUAGGUUAUCAAUACUAUAAUUUUGUUGCAGAAAAGCUGAAAACCGCUUUGAAGUUUUCAUAGGACAGGUAGUCCAUCACAGUAAUCUUUAUUUUUUAAUGUCUAUCUUAAGUUUUGUAGCAGAACAGCUCAGUCGCACACAGGAGCUGCUUUGAAAACAUGUUCUGCUGCUUUACUGUGACGUUAAACCUUUGAGAGAGUAAAAACAGACACAUUCAUUUCACAAAAAAUUGUAAAUUUCAUGACGUGGUCCUGGUGGAUUUUACUUUUUUAUAUAAUUGACCAUAUUACUCAGUUAAAUUGUUCCUGUGAUGGACACUGUUGAUGCUGGUCUCAAGCUGCUGGUUUACGUCUGUUCUGUGUCUAAAAUUUGGUGAAAUAGAAAACACUGACCACCCUAAAACAAAGAUAAAUCCUCACACUCAGUAUGAAACAGUGGUUGACACAUGAAUCAGGAGUUGGAGGAUUGUAUUUGUCGGGGUCUUUUGUGUCUUCCUAUUCACCGUACUGGACUCUGUGGUCUCUCCAGCACUAGUUCCAGUGCAAAGCCGGCGCCCCUCAACAUCAACAAAGUCUCCAGCAGCCUCCUCAGCUUCGGCAGGAAGCUCAUCGCCCCGGCCAUAUCUAGCGGCUCAAGCGGCGUCUCCCCCAUCAACAGCGAGGUACACUCCGCCUUCUCCUCGACCUCCCCCUUGGCGGUGCCUGCGCCCGCCCUGCCUCACCCGCUCGCAGAACCCCCGCCAAGCCACGUCCCUCCACAGCCCCAGAGCCACACUCAGAACCAGCACUACCGCCUGCUCAAGUCGGAGAGCAUGCCGGUCCAGCUCAGUAAAGGUGAGCAAAAUGACUCAUGUAGAACAAUCCAGCUGAGUGACUCUCAUCUGUUUAGUGCAUUUUCAUUGGCUGUUGUGUAUCUGCUGGAUUGGCUGCAUGUUCAGAUUAACUCCACAGAUGAUCAGAUUCUUUGCAGAGCUCGUGUGGACGCAGCAGAUUCAGGUUUGACUCUCGUGUGUUAGAUGUAGUUUCAGGUGGAGUGUCUCAGGUCUCUAAUCCAGCGCAGACUCACACUGACACACAAGGUAACAGCUGCCAUGGCAACCGCUUGUGUGACACGCCCCCCCCUUUCCCAUAAUUCCCAUUUGUCCAUGCUCGCUGUAUCAUUGCACGUCUGCUUGUGUAGUUUGUCCAGCAGUGUUUCUGAUUUCUCAUUUACAUUCACACUACAACAAAAGAAUAUUAGCAUGGAGAGAAUGUAGUUACACUCUCUGACCAGCAGAGGGAGACAACAGCUUAACAUAUUAGAUUAAACUGAUAGGAUGAACAAGAACAGAUCUGUUAUGGCAUCUGCUUGCUUUGUGUAUUUGCUCCAGAGCUUGUCAUGUGAUGCCAUGUUUAAGUGUGUGUGUGUGGUUUGUUUAUAGUGUCCGUGUUUGCUGUGUGUUGUGUUUUCAAGGGCAAACACUGGAGCCUGCAACAACUAUAAUGUACACACUCCAGAGUCUUAAUGAAGUUAUAAAGGAGUAAGUGUAGGACGUAGGAAAGAAAAGGUUAGCUUAGAGGUGGAGGAUCAGAGGAGCACCUGGUCUGAUGGGUCUGACUCCACCUGCAGAAAAUCAGCUGAUCACUCAGGUGUGUUUUCAUGUUAUUAUUAUGACAGGCAGCAAACACCUUUUUAAACAACUUUUAAAAGUAGACUUUAAAAACAUUACAGAAGAAUAGAAUGUCACAUAUGUAAAUGAAAUAAGAAAAAUGAAGUACAAAAGUUAGUUUAAAAGUUGAACACAUUAUAGUUAUUUCAUUUAGAAGACAUCAUUUAAAUAAAGAAUAAAGUCAAAGUUAGUUAUUAAGAGGCAAAGUUAAUUAACUUUUUUUAAUUAAAGUUUACUAAUGCGUCAUUUAAAUGCAAAUGUAAUUAAAUCGUCUCAUUAUUUCUUAUUUCUCUUCUCUUCCUUGACUUUUUGAAACAGCUGUAUCAUAAGACCAAUAAAAACUGAAGCCAAGUAACACCAAGAGGUUAUUUUCUUCAAGCUUUUAGUUUCCUUAAAUGGUUUUGAAAAAAGGAGACUGCAGAAACAUGCAGGUCAGAAUCAGAACCAGAAUCAGGUUUAUUUCCUGUAACACAGAGGUAGGGCUGAACCAACAGUUUAAAUAUAGACGUUAAACGGUACCAACUUAAUGUACAGGAGCUAAAAUAAGUCCACAUGUUGAUGUUUGUGUAAGUGCACUUCCUCACCCUGCCUAUAUUUGUCUCGUGUUCCCGUCCCGUCCUCAGGCCAAAGCUCUCGGACAGUCAGCUCCUCUCCCAGCAUAGAAAGCCUUUCAGGUGGGCGGGGUCAGUCCACCGCCUCCCCGCCUCUGCCCCCCUCCAGAGGGAGCGAUGUCAGCACUUCUUCUCCGCCCCUCUCCGCCACCAAAAAAGAGUCUUUCUUCAACAUCACCCGCUCUCGCUCCCACAGCAAGACCAUGGGAAAGAAAGAGAUGGUGAGCCGCUCCACCUGCCGCCUCCUCUAAUGUCCUCGCUGUCCAACUGUAUCAGUGUCCUUGCGUCCGUCCUUCUCUCAGUUUGUGCCACUUUUUAAUCUCACAGCUUCAACCCUGAUCUGUCCUCUGAAGGCAUCAUGUCUAAGUGUUCACCCUCUGCUUCUAAGCUCCUUUGCUUUUACUCUGCUCAACAUGUGUGAGCAUGUGUGUGUUUGUCUUCUCUGCAGGAGGAGGACUUGGAAGCCCAAGUAUCAUUCCUGCAGGGUCAGAUCAACGACCUCGAAGCCAUGAGCAAAUACUGUGCCAAGAUGAUGAACACCCACAUCUGUGAGUACACGACGAACAGGUGGUUUAAUCCCCUCAUACACAUUCAACAAAAUCAACAUCAGCUCGCUCAAAUGCCAGACAUCUGUUAUUCUGAAGGGCCCCCUCACUAAACAGAGAUGAAAUCAACGAUAAAUAAAAGUUAAUUUAGCAGUUUAGUCAGAAAACAGUCAUUGGAAAAGGUCUUACAGAAACAAAAGACUCUAUGCUCAGUUUUUUCAGAUAAUUGUAUUUCACAAUUCCAGUAGUUGCGUAUUGAUUUAUCCAACAUAGAUGAGUUAUUGGUUAUUAAACUGAGCUUGUUCUGCUUCCACAGGUAAAAUCCAGGAAGUGAUUCUCCAAGAAAACCUGGAGAAAGAAGACGAGGUCCUUGUGUCUCUUGCUGGACUCAAACAGGUGAGACUCAGAGAGUUUAGGUGUUUUCAGUGUGUUCAUGCUGUUAUCCUCUAUUCACAUUUACAUCCUCCUCCUCCUCCUCUGUGUCUGUGUGUCUGACACUGCCAGAUCAAAGACAUCCUCAAGGGGGCGCUGCGCUUUAACCAGAGCCAGCUUGAAGCUGAGGAGAACGAGGAGAUCACCAUCGCCGAUGAUCACUACACCUCCACAGCAGCUGCUGGCGAGACUGCUCUGAGUGCCAACCAUCACCUCAGUGACCACCAACAACAGGGACUCAGCAGGAGGGAGAGGGACUCUGAUCUGGACGGGAGCGUGAGCACAGACGAGAGGGAGGAAGAGGAGCAGGCGAUGACUCCACCUGAUCAACAGGUUAAUCCAUCUCCAGGCUCAUUAAAUACGAUCUUCAUGUUAUAUUUGUAUUAAUUAACACGCUCAAGGCUAAAACAUACGGGAUGCAUAUUCGGAGCGUGGCAGCAGCAUCGCGUACCACGCAGCAAAUAGGUUGCCAUUCUCAUCAAUGCAGCAUCGCAUACAGGACGCAUAUCAGCUCCAUCGCAGCAUCGUAUCAGAUGCGUAUCAAGCGCAACUCUGCUCAAGAUACGCACCAAAUCUAUUUUUGUUGCUCUACACUUCCAAAACAGUCAAUCUACUCAGAGAAGGUCGUUCUAGACAGGAUGUUAGGCACGAAAACUGCACGUUAUCUGGUAUUUCAAAAUAAAACACCACAUGCAGACUCCCGACUGUGUAUCAGUUCAUGUAGAUGAGAAAUACUUCCUGGUUAUGAAUUUAUCAGUAACAUAGAACAAUCCGAUGGUCAAUCCCUGAUCCAUGUGGACCCCAACAGGACCUUUAACUGCUAACUCUGUCUGAAGGUAACAGCUCAGCAUAAAGGAACAUAGUUUACUUUAUUAAACACGAGUAAUCCUGCAAAAACCCAAACUGUAAAAUCACGUUUUUAUUUCUUAUACAGUAGAAGCUCAACGGUCACUGAAUUAUAUCCAAAUUAGCAGGAAAUUGACCACAGAAAGUCAAAACAACCUGUUUUGAGCAUGUCGUUUUCCCUAAACUGAGCCCAGCUGACCUGGGCUGCACUGCGCUGCUUCUACGCUCCAAAUACGCAUCCUGUAUGUGAUAGACAGGGCUGCUCUAAGGAGCAAAUGUGGAACAUGCUCAAUACAGAUCCUGUAUGUUUUUGGCUUCAGCUAGAACAGUAGAUGAUCCAGAAUCCACUAAAUGGUCCUACUUUAAUGCUGACAGACCUCCAUGUGUGCAGAAAUGAUCGGGUGUUUGUACCAGAGUUUUGUCGAUUUCAGGAUUAGGUCAGUUUGACCCAUUAGAGAUUAAUCAAACUCAGAAUGAUGUUGCAUAAUAUGUCAGCUGUAAUGAAAAUACUGAGUCAUAUGAGUCCUGGAGGCUGAGGUCCACUGAAUAAAUAGAAUCAGCUCCAAGGCUAAACAAACAGCAGACAGCGCUUAUGCAAUCUUAUGUUGAGUAUACAUCCUCUGCUGCUUCUUACACUGCAGCAAAUAUUUAAGAUAAGAGUGUCCUAGUUCCAGUAUUUAUCGUCUCCUGUGCACAGGUUGCGUCUUCUCUCGGCUCAGAGGGUAAGAACUGGGACGACUACAUCCUGGUGUCCCAGGACGGGGACCUGCAGGCGAACGACGAGGGAGGGAAAGAUGGAGGAGGUAGCACUGCAGCCGAGCGCACCCCUCCAAACGGACGAGGGCGCGGCAUGGUGCGACUGGAGCCUGAGGGUGCAGCAGGGACCUUCCACGACCCCCUCAUGGCCAGCCCAAACUCCGGUUCCUCUAGUCCAGAUGAGGGCUCCACCCACAGCAAGGACUCUGACUUCACCAUCGUGAAUCCAAAUGAUCUCUGAGCAAGAAAAUCACCGCCUCCACCUCCUCUUGUACCCGUUUAAUUUCCCCUGUAGAGGAUCUGAUCCAAAAAAAACAGACUUAGGAUCAGAGGAUGGAGUCUGCAGAGUUGCUGAAAAAAUUGCACAUAUGGACUGUGACACCUCCAGUCACACACUUAUAAUACUCUGUCUCUUUACUCGUCCUCUGUGUGAGCUGAUGCUGUAUGCUUUCUCAUUAAUGCCUGUCUCCUCCUCAUGUCGUCUCUUGUCACGUUAUAUUUAACUGUAUAAUGCCCCGCUCCGCAGAGAGAGGGUGGCGUUGAACUUCUGACCCCUUCACUACAUGAUUACUCUGAAGAGUUGGACCUCAAAAUGGAUUUCUCACGCAGCGGAGGAGCCUCUCCUCCUGAGCUUACUGUAAAGUUGAGAGUAUGAUGCUCCGUUUUUUUCUGAAUGAGACGUGAUUGCACCUCUGUUUGUGUUAUUGAGUCUGUGUGUAUGGGUCCUCUAAGGGGACAUUUUCUGCUCUGAUACUUCAAGGAAAGCUGUCUGCUUCCUCCCCUACCUGAACCAGUGCCUCUGACCAUUAUCCUCCUCAACCAAACAAAACCUGACUGUGUGAUCUUACUCAUUUUUGUUAGUUUUCCUCUUUUUUUUUUUUUUUAUGAGAGUAUUUUUAACCCUCAGACCUGGUGUCCUGGAUACAAACAGCAACGGUCUUAUUUUUUUCCCUUUUUGUUUUUUAAAAUCAAUUCAAUGUGGACAUUUUAAUGUGUUAAUUUUUUCAUGUCUCACAUUAUAACUGAGUUGUUCUCGUGUCCUGUGGAAACCAUGUAAAGCAGCACACACAAAGAAUGUCCCUCUAGCUGCCCGUUCAGCAUAAUUAACUCAAGACCAAUAAAACUACAUAGCUCUUGCCACACACUGAAGUUACUGCGUCUGUGUGGGAAUGUUGAGCGUGUUGUCAGGACAGUAUUUCUGUGUAGGUGUUAUGACUCAUGAUUGUCGCAAUUUCGGAAAACAAACUCUUAAACUUAAAAAAAAUAUAAACAUUAAAAAAAAACAAAAAAAAACAUCCUCUCAACAAGGCAUAUGCAAUUCAGGGGCGUGCACAAUCUGCUGAAAUAAGGGUGACCCAUCCAGGGCUCGACAGUGCGACUGUUUCACUCACAUUUGUGACUAAAAACAGAUGUGUGCGAAUUGUAAAAUUUAGGGGCACGUGCAUACAAAAAAAAAAAGCCGAGGCAACAAAUGUUCUUUAAUGUAAAUACUGCGGUGAAGUUAGUUUUAGGUUGGAUAUUCGAUGGACAUUAACUGUGGAUCUACUGGUGUCUUCUCACUCUCCAUAACCGGGAAUAGCAACAGCAGCGUGGUUAAAUCUGCUUGGCUAUAUCGGGUAUUGAGUAAGGGACCAUCAAUAAAUUACCGGUUGAUGUUCUUAAAAAAGGCUGUUUUCCUUCAAUAGCUUUUAUGUCGUGACAAAAGCCCUAAAAUUGAUUUCAAGUAAUAGUACUAAGGUCGACCAAUAAGACACACAUUAUUUAAUCAAUUCUCAUUGUGCCCCUAAAUUUCUUUGUGAGCUUUUUACUUUUUCAACUUAGGAGAAAAAAGUUAGUGUCAAGCCCUGCCAUCUCAGGCACCGACUUCCAUAUAAGGCUCCAGGAACAAAAUAGGCCUCUAGUACUCUGAGGCUGCAUUUGCACUCAGCUUUUGUAAAUAUUGCAUGCUAACACGCUAAAAAUGCUCACUUGGGAUCAACUGUUAUGAGCCAAUAAAGAUGUUCGUAUAUACAAAACAGGUCAGCCAACGUCUGAUAUUUAAUGCCAAUAAAUUCUUGUUUUAAAAAAUGUAUGAUUUAUUAAUAGCUAUUAGUUCCUGCACAUUGAAACUCCUGUCAGGACUAAAAUUCAUAUUGACGCCGUUUUUGUUAUUCAAAAGCAAACAAGACCGAUUAUUUUGUUACUGUUUUUUUCAAUACAUGAAACAAAGGAUGCAAAGGGGGUCCCACGCUGGCGAGAUCCCUUCACAACAACUGAAAUACAGGUGGAGGUAAACCUCUGACAUCUACCUGUGCAUGUGUAGGGCUACACAAUUCAAAUAACUAGAGUGAUUCUAGCGAGUUCAGAUGUGAAACUCUAAAACUUGAUUGACAUUUUGCUGUUAAAUUCAGUAAAAUAAAAAUACAUUACUAAGCUGCUGAAAUCGAAGCAGAGGUUUCACUUCCAACUGCGCAUACGCUCAUGAAAGUCAUACUGCGCAGACACUUGUUUGAGCUCUGCUGUGUCUGCAGCCAGAUGCUCUUAAAACUCACCUCUGUACAGUGUGCAUGAAUAUAGAAAUGAGCUUGUCAGACUAAAAAUGUGUUUUGCACCAGGCUGCAAACAUGUUUAUUUCUGUUUUAGAGAUGGGAAUUGUAAUAUGGGUGUUAACGGGGUCUUAUGGGCUUUUAGAGUGAGCCUCAAGGGGACACUUGAUUAACUGCAGAAAUUACCACAGUUGUAUCGGCUUCCUUAUUCAACAUCAGAGGUUGCUGCAACAUUUGAGGGUUUAUUUAUGCAAUCUUUGGAUCUAAAUGGCAGACUGACAGACAUCUGCAAGGUUAUGCAGCAAGGGUAACUUCCUCAAACACAUACUGAUGAUUAGAGGAUGUGACACGAUUGAAAGCUUUAUAGCAGGUAUAAAACAGACCCUGCGGAGACACUGUUUACUCACAGUUAAAGAUAUUGACCGGGGUGGGUAAGAUGCAGAAAAACACACAUGCAAAUCAAUUUUGUUGCCUAGCUGUGGUCUUUCAUCCUGAAUCAGCAUUAGAGGCUGAUUGGAGGCUUUGAUGUCCUGUAUACAGCAGCAUAGAAGGUCUACCUCCCUUUUACAGUAGAUGACUAUCUCCAGCUGUCAUUAGCCCUCUGUUACAGUGCCCCAUGUGUCAGUAUUAAUGAACGUACAUCAAAGCCAACCUGUAACAGAAAAAAAAAAACUCAUUGAACAGCGUCUUUUAUUUAAAAACUUAUUUAUUCCCAUCACGACGGUAAAGGAGGAUCACGAAAUGCAACUCCCGUCGCAGCUGAUCAGGCCGAAACCUCAUCUACUGCACCUUUAACUGGAAUGUUUUCAUUCAGGAUCAAUAACUUAUGUAAAAUAUUCUUCACAGCAAAAGGAUUGGAUAACAUAUUAAAAUACUGUACAGUGUUUUGCACACAAAGUAAGCACUUUGAAACGUAAAGAUUUUUGUUCCCUAAAGGCAGACAUUAACGAGUCCAGUGGAUCGAUAUGGCGGCAGCGGUGGUUUAAUUAGCACAGAGGUUUCAGGAGGAAUACAAAAAUAUAGAAUACUGUACGUGAGGCAACACUACUCAGAGGGUGAAAUGAGGAGGAUAAAGAUGGAGGAAUGAAGAGCGGGGGGACGCUUCUUGGAGAAAUGGCACACAGGGGCAGCACAGGUCCAAGACAUUUAUAAGACCUCAAACAUUCAGAAAAAUGUCCUGCUUAUCUUCCGUUGAGAAAGUGCAUCUCCUUCAAACAUACCCAGACCAUUUCCUGAUAUUAAAUCCUCAUGUGGUAUUGCUAGAUUUUUACUAACUUGGAGGUGGCAGUUUUGAAAAAAUCUUUCUUUUAAAGGAUCUGAACAUAUUUUGUCUCUCACUGUGCCAGAAAAACGACAACUUUUUUCUUGCUUUUUCAGGACAAAUUGCACAUAAGAAGAGGCUAAUAGACCUUAAAAGUAUUUACAGUUUAAUACAGUAAACUGAACCUUGGCUGUAACUACAUUCGUCCCUCCAGUGUCAUUUAUCAGCUCAGACUUCUGCAGCGAUCAGGCUGCAUUUUGACGUCUUUUACAUUCAUCCUCUCUCAUUUGUCCCUCUUGAAAACACAGUUCUUGCUUUAGCUCCCUCAAAAUGUGAGAAAAGCCCUCCACUAAGGCGGGGUAAGAAGUUGACUGACAGGAAAGGGGGUUUAAGACAGCAGCUACGAUGGCAGUUUGGUCCUUAUUCACGUGUUGGUCAUUUUCUUGCUAUUCAGAGGGUCCUCGAGAACUAGUCACGUUUGGUUUAUCCUCCUGUCCUCGGCGAGUUUGCGAGCGCACUCUCCUCAAUCCUGCACUCUCCUUGGUGAGGUUUCCUGUCAAAGCCGCAUCAUGGACCUGCUUCAUGUUCUCCUGCACCUCAGCUCUGGCAUGCUCCAGCAGGUCAGCCUGACCCUGAGAAAGGAGAGUACAGAGAGAGUAAAAAAAAGAAGAGGAGGGCAGAGGUAUGAGCAGCCAGCUUGAGGCAGAGGCAGUCUCGAACAGUCUUUCCUGGAGGCUGUUUGGGUUUGUGUGUGUGUGUGUGUGUGUC